AUGGAGUCUCAUGUUCAGCCCAGAACCAUCCGUUGGGCUCCUCUCCUCCCCAGGGCGGCCGUCUAUGAUCGGCAUUCUACUGCUCACGCAGCCGGGCCGGCGAUUGUAUCUAGCAGCUCGAGAGCGCAGACCGGGACCCGUGAGACGCAAGACCCCUCAAGAUACGAUUCUCCUGACUCUUCCUCAAUCGGAAAAUAUCAUUCAGAUGUUCCCAUGGAAGAGAAAUUACCUCAGGCCGCCAAUCUAUCCGAAUCUACAACGAGUGCGCCAUCAACAGCACCAUCCACAGACAACGCAAGUGAGCCUCAUACUAGUACAUCAUCCGCGAGUCCGCCGACCCCUAUCUUACAAGGUCGAGGUUUGGACGGCGACAUCUGUACGAUUGAGACACGACCCAUGUCGGGCUCAACCUCAGCCGUUGAAGUCAUCGAAAUUUGUGAAGGCACCUUCGUUGCUGUCACGCAAGAGCCCGGCAACGAAGACAAAUUGCAAUGGCGCACCCUAAGCAAACGUAUCCAUAUGGCGUUUGCGAAGACUUGCCGAAGAUAUCCAAACUUGUCUCUGCAGUUCAAGCUCGCCGGCCCAUCAGCAGACCAUGUACAGCCCGUGAUAUUCUUUAUCUGCCCUCCAGAAACACAGAAACAGGUGCGGAAGUUCUUGAAAAAACAGAAGUGGCUCUCUGAAGCGGAAUGUGGCUACAAGAACAUGAUCGUAGAUGGCACUUUCCUACGAGUCGCAUUGGACGGAGAAGGUGGACUUGAUGGAGGCUUGUUCAUUCGCGCGGAUAUGGGCGACGUACACACGCUGUGUGGGAAGCUGGGCAGACUCGAGGGAGCUUUGAGCCCCACUGGGUCAGCCUCGCGUUUCACCAUUGGAGGAGUAGUGGUUGUCAAUGACACACUUUGCUGCCUGACCACGGGUCAUGUCCUAUUCGACGGACACGAUACAUCUGGGAUGGCGAGUUCGGAUGACGAGGGAGAGACUGAAGAUGAAGAGAGACGACAGGGCCCGGUCGGUACUGACCACCUGUCACCCCCCUCGCGAACAUAUUCUCAUCCGGAGGAUCAGAAAAGCCAUGAAGACGGCGUGGCACAUAGCCGGGUGUCACAGGAGACAAGAAUCGGAAGACUUCUGACGACAAGCAACUGGAAGAGAGGGAUAAUGGCGUCGAAUGAAGACUGGUCCUUGAUCCAGCUUGAUGCUAUGCGCAGUACCGAUGAAUGGAUUGUGAAUCGAUUUCAGUAUCCAGGAACAGAGUUUCAGAAUCCGCUCAAAGUCACGAUCGACAAGUUGGCUCGCACCGAGGAUGAGGUGACGGAAGCGGAAGUCAUCGUUCUCGGAGGGUGUACUGGACUACAAAAAGGCCGGCUUAAUACAACUGCGGUCCAGCUGUAUCUAGACAACGCAACUUUUGAGGCUAGAGAGAUCGUCACUGAUGAGCCUCUAAGAAUGGGCGACUCGGGCUCUUGGGUUGUGCAAGGAUCGACACUUCUAGGCCAUGUGUUCGCCGUUCAGGACGGGACGCCAUGGUCCUACAUGAUUCCGAUCGCUCAGGUCGUAGAUGACAUUCAAAAGAGUCUCCUCACCUGCAACAUAAAGCUUCCAACCCUGGAUGAUCAAUUCAAAGUUUCUUCACUUUGUCCCGAAGUCAGGCGUAGUCACGCUAGCCUCGUGGCAUUUGGCGUCAAUACGGACACAUCGCUCGAACAUACUUAUGCGGAGGACCCGGUGUUGUUCGGUGACGAUGUAGGCUCGAUUUCCUCGUCAAAUGAAGGCUUCGAGUCCCCCAAUUACAGCGAUCACAGCAUCAAGGCAUCGACCGUACCCACCAGCUACAUUUUUAGAAAACCUGAUCCCGACGAAUACAAAAACACUCGGUUUGUCCCGUUUUCCAGCGAUUUCAUAUACCGCAGAGAAUAUUUGCGUGAUGAGACCCUGACGAGAGCGCGCCCGCCGGGCGGAAAAGUUCCCUAUAUUGAGCUGAAUGCUGUACUGGAAGAGAUCCAGCCACCCAACGUCAUGCUAGAACGCCUGAUUAGAAACGACGCCAGUAUUCUAUUGGACUUCGGCAAUCCGAUCAAUUACAACGUCAAAACAACCAAACUUACUCUCGUUAGUCCAUCGGCAAAUAGGGCUCUGCGCCAUGUUGUUCGUUGGGACCCGUCAGUCAACCAGAGGUGGAGACAAAUAGUGGUCACAGAGCCAUACGCGGUCCUUGUCCACCACUUUCCUCAACUCACUGCGUACGCCGCGGAGCUUCGGGGCAUGCACAUGGCUGACAGGUCCAAACUUCAAGAUUCCGGAUCGGGAAAACACUCGACAUCUGCCAAACCUCAAAAUCAUCCCCAACACGAGGAUGUCGAAGCACUCAUCGACUUCACUCAGCGCUUCAUUCACGCAUCAAAUGUCACAACUGAGUAUUCCCGGCACGAACGAAACACUUGCACCUUUGGCAAGUUAUGGCUGCUUUUCCAUCCCGGAAUGACAGUGUAUGCCAGAGGUGACCAUCCCAGAGGAUUGGCUGCGUACGUCAUCAACGUCGUGGAUACCGACCCCUCAAUUCUUAGACAAUCAUACGGAAAUGGCAGACCAUACCUGAUACAUAUGUGGAGACUCAAUUACGAUACACGUUAUGUAAUUAGACAAAUGUGCACUGUGGCGAUCAAUUACUUCGACGGGGAACGAGACAUCACCGAUUUGAAGGUGUUCCCUUGCGAGUACCUCGACAGAGCCGACAGCGGGAAGACUCGUCGUAAACUCGAAGAACAGGGUCGAAGGUGGUAUCGACUUCUGCGCAACGGAGCCACGUAUUACGACGGCAAAUUACCCGCAAAACCUGACCUGCAUUACGAGGGCCCAGUCGUUGUGGAUAGGGGGGCCAUCCAAAACGGUCUGGCGAAGCUCAACGACCUAAUUUUCGUCCCAUUCAAAGACGAACCGGAAUUUGUGCAUGAAGAGAGAAAACAGCUACAGCAGUCGGAAAGCUUAGAAUGGAAUAUACCAGGUUUCCCGUGGGCUUGCUAUGGCCCGUUGGACCCAGAAAAGAUCGAGAACUUGGAGCUAUCUGACGACCAAGCAGAGGGAAAGGGGCAUCGGUAUCUCCUCUGUACUCCGUACCUACCUGGAUUUUUGAUCAAGCAGAAGGAUUGGGCGUGGAUUGAUGUGAAUUAUUGUUCUCUGCCCAAGAUGAAUUCUUCUGCAAUCGAUCGUCUAUUGCAGCCCGAUAGCACAAAGGACAUUAUUUGGAUGUUGGUUGAAGGUUUCAAACAAUUUGCCCCACCAGCCUCGCAGGAUUCUCGGCAACGAAAGCGAUCAGGAAGCAUCACAAUCCUGCUUCACGGAAACUCAGGUAUUGGGAAAAGAUAUACCGCAGAAUGCUUGGCGGAGGCGGAGGGCAAGGUUUUGAUGACGAUACACCCUGGAGAACUUGGCAGUGAUGCCAAAAGUGUUAGGAGUCUACUGUCAUCGUGGCUUCAAUUGGCACAGACUUCUGAUGCAAUUGUUCUUGUUCCUGCAGCGGACCCUUUCGUGCAGCAGGGCCCGAUGGGUGAAAGAAGCGAUAUCAUUUCCGUGUUUUGGGCAUGUCUCGAAGCGCACGAGGGGAUAGUGAUCCUGACAACAAGCCAUGCGGUCAAGUUUGACGAAGUCGCCGCCUCGCGAAUCACCUUACCUAUCCAUUACGGCCCAUUUGAUAGCAAAACCCGCCAAAAAGUCGGAAUUCAACUAAUGCGACGUUUGGAGGAAGACAACGGAUCUUUAAGCAUAACAGUGAAAGCUGAGGAAUUGUGGAAAUCCACUUUGCAGAAGGUAAUGUGGAACGGCCACGAGAUUAAAAGCGUCCUCGAGAACGCAGUAGCCAUGGCUCGCAAUGGCCAUCAAAUUGGCCGUGACGAAUCGCGGGGUUCUAUUCCGGGGUCCUCAGACCGCCUGGUUCUCGCUGCUAAAGACCUCGAGGCCAUUGUACAGUCAAAAAUGGCCUUUGAGGAAUAUGUCGCAAGAUCCUCACAUUCCGAAUCCGUCAUCCUCGCCGAUAAGCGCGCAUACCUAGGCCACACCGUUGACCCGCAAUGA